GUAUCCUCCUUCUCGCUGCUCGUCGCGCUUAUCAACGGUGGUGUCGCGAAACGGGUCUAACUAAGCGAUUGAUCUCGUGGACGACAUUCCCGUCACGCGUGGAGAACUCGCGCGCCUGUCCGAGGAUACGACCAUCCGACUGUUCAGCCCGCGUCAACGGUGACUACGACAACGACGAAGCGUUGUCGUUUCUAAGACGAGUGCAGGAUGCACCGUCUUAAUCAGUGUUAAUCAGCGAAAAGGCCGCGCGAGGCCGUCGAUGAGGCCGACGAGGAAUAAUCAGUUACAUCAGCAUGCAGAGCGACGACGAGAAGCACACCGCUGCGGAUUGCGACAAGGAUCCGAGCUGCGACGCGAAGGAUCCUGCUGCUGAUAACGGGAGUUACCCCUUCGUGGAUUCGAUCGUGAAUCGCGCGUCUACCUCGGGAGAGGAGGCACUGGCCACUCCGGACGAUGAUUAUGGCUGCGAGCACUACAAGCGAAAGUCCAAGUUCGUGACUCCCUGCUGCAAUAAGGUGUACACGUGUCGGUUCUGCCACGACGAGCAAGAGGCGCACACAGUGAACAGGAAAGAAGUCACGGAAUUGAUAUGUGUUCUUUGCGACACUCGCCAGCCGGUCCAAGCCACCUGCCAGAAUUGUCAUUGCCAGUUUGGCAAAUAUACAUGUCUCGAGUGUAAUCUUUUUGAUGACGAGGACAAGAAUCAAUAUCACUGCGAUGGCUGUGGUAUAUGUAGAGUCGGUGGCCGUGACAGAUUCUUUCACUGUGCCAAGUGCAACAUGUGUCUGCCGGUACAACUACAAAACGGGCAUACGUGUAUAGAAAAUGUCUCGCACUCCAAUUGUCCCGUGUGUCUCGAGGAUAUUCACACAAGUCGCAUACCGUGCCACAUUCCUGAUUGUGGACAUUUGCUACAUCGUAUGUGCUUCGAGGAACUGUUGCACUCGGGACACUAUGCUUGUCCGACUUGUCAAGUAUCGCUUCUGGACAUGACAGAUCUGUGGCGGUACUUGGAUGCGGAAGUGUCGCUAACGCCAAUGCCAGAAGCGUACAAGAACUACAAAGCCGACAUCUUGUGUAAAGACUGUCACGAGGAAUCGACCGUGAAGUUUCAUAUUGUCGGGUUGAAGUGCUUGAAUUGUGGCAGCUAUAAUACGUGCAGGAUAAAGGGCUCACCAUCACCAGAUCCAGACACACUGAGCGAAGCGGCUGGUAGCAGUAGCACAGGGGAGGAAGAGCCGAAGCAAGGGCAAAGCUCAGACAAGGUGUUCCCGCGGUCGCGAAAGGAAUAGAUGAGUCUCCGGUGAUGAUACGAGAGUAUUUGUACUUUAGACGAAUAUUAUCUCUACGAUCUUCUGUAGCAAAUUCCAUUUUCUGCAUUCUAUUGUUGCUUUUUUGAAUUGGUACUUUUUUGGGCUAAACUUUAGUCGGUAUAGCAAGUUGGUAUGCUUGCAAGCGUACUAGUCGGGACUAGUAUAGCUACUACUAUACUACUUGCCGGUAUAGCAAGUUAGUACAAUUGGGACUAUCAUUAUUAAAUGACCAGUGAUGUCACCGAGGCUAGUGCAUAAUUAUUUCCAAUCAAUGAUCAUUCGUGACACACUACUGUAAUUUUCUAAGUUGAAUAUGUAGAUCAUUUCAUUAAUGCGAUUUCCUUUUAACUGACGCACAUUAAUUGUCUCUUUCAUUAAUUUGCGAUUGAAAACAGUUAAUGAAAUGAUCGACAUAAAGGCGUUGUAUAAACGUUCCUUUUUAAUACAUCACGCGUUUGUGCUAAAGAACUCAAUCGUGUAAAAGAUUAUAAUACACGUCGGUUUUACCAUAAUUUAGAGACGAACGGUUUUUAAUAGCUUACUAAAGAACGGCAAUUCUGUCACAAGGAAACGUCCACAUGUUUUAUCUCUCUUGUCGUCAUCCUUUUAACACAUCCACCGCCACGACGGACGCAAGUGGCUGUCGCUGAACUUUUCGUUUAUGACGGUCACUGGUGACUGGCAUGCAAUAAAUGUAUUGGGACACGUGAAUAAUAUUACAACAUGCUAUUACUUACAUUAGCAAGAUAAUGACUGAUCAGCAAUAAUAGAAAAGAACAUGAACAGCGAAUUGUAAUAAUUAAGAUUGGUGUGAACGGAAAGUCAGCUAAAUUAUGCGUGACGGUAGAUGUGUUAAAUAUAUAAGUAUAUAUAGAUAAUAUUCGAUUUAAUAUACUUAUAAUUCGGUCACAAUUAUUACUUGCUUUUUUUAAAUCUUUUUUAAUACAGGAUAUUUAAAACUUACCGUGCAUUAUAUUGCACACGUUGCAUAAAUCUGGAAUAAAUUUAAAAUUGUUGGUACACGUUUCAUCGUGAUUUUUUAAUUUCCGAAAUAUAUUCAGAAUUUUAAAGAAAAAAAAAGCUUUUCUUAUGACAUAGAAUUGCAGUUGUUGCCAUUUUUUCGAACGAAGAAUAUUAAAUUCUAAAUUAAGCAUAACAAAAUGUCCACGAAACGGGAAAGUUUACGUGGCAAAUAUCGGUGCGUCCUGUAUAAUCGUGCAUGUUUUCUGUGUCUAGGUAGAUCUAGUCUUGAAAUGACGAUUCCGUCAAUAGGUAAUAACUAAAGAUUCUUUACUCUGAGGAAAUUAUUAAAAAGUUGUGGACUGACGGCUAUUUAGGUAAAUAGGAAUGUGAUAUAUCACAAAAUUGUUUAUAUUAGGACAUUUGAUAUUGGUAUUAGGACAUUAUAAUAUAUUGAUAUUUGAUAUUAGACAGUGUAGCGUGGUGUCACCCUAGCCUGAAAUACGAUAUUCACAUAUAUACAGAUUUACAUGAACGCUUAUACACUAUAUAUAAUUUUAUUGAUUAAUGUGCGAUAUUGCUGAGAAUCGUUUUUUUUUUUAAAUACUUUAAGUAUCGGUAAGAUCCUGCCGCGGAUUAGUAGUCGGAGCUGAUUCACAUAUGUAUAAUCCUUGUUGCAUUAAGAUAUGUAAAGUAAUGGCCUAAUUAAGAUUGCACUUCAAACAAUAUCACUUUUGCAUAAGUCUGCACUUAUGCAACAAUUUUGCAUAAAUCAACAUUUUUGUUCCUGUAAACUUUUUAGAAACUUCCAAAUUCUUAUUUAGCAUGUUUUGUCAUUUUGCAACCGAGAUUUUUUUUUUUAAAAGAGAUUACUCAUAAUUUAGUCGUAAUCUAGUCGGGAAAAAAAGGAUCGUACUGCUAUUGUCGCAAUAAUUUUCUUGUAAGGUAUGUCAUAGACAAGAACAUGGAUGAGUUCAAUCAUACCAGGUGGCACACAUUAAUGCAACAACAAAAAUAUCAAUUUAGUGAAUAAUUAAGGAAGGAAAUCUUCGUUGAGUAUAUUAUGUACCAGAGCAAUUUCUAAUGUGUGUGUGUAUACUGAAUGCUCAUUUCCUAAGAGGCAUUCUUCUAGUACAGUAAUAUAUUCACCUAAUAUAUUCAGCUAAACAAAAAUCUACGUAAUCUGUUUUAUUGUAAUUGUACGUACAAUAUGUAGAUAGAGUAUUUUAUAGUCGCAUCAAAUGUGAAUUCUGCUCUGUCUUAUCAUAUUUGAUACAAAAUAGUUUCUAAUUGUUCGAGUAGUAAUCCUCAAGUACUUUAUAAUAAACGACUGAAUUCGGUGCCUUUCCCUUGACGCCUGAAUUGCAUUGAAUUGUAUAGUUGCGAACGACACUUUAACGCGUAAUUUUUUUUUAGAUUUUCGUUCAAAAAGAGCAGGCCGAUACUUAUGGCUCAGAACUUUAUCAUUCCACAGCAUUCCAAGUAAAACAUUCAAUGUGUACGGAAUUUUAUAUAAUAUUUUUUUGGAUCAAAAUGCGUUUUCACGAUGUUUUCAGCAAACUGCUGAAUUAAAUAGUUUUAGAAAGCUUUGACGAUUCUCAUCUCUUCGUUUGCUCAUAACGUUUAUCAUAGAAAUAAAUCUGAAUAUUUUCAGGACAAUGCUUGUGAGCGCAACGAUCACAUUAAUCGUAUACUUAAUUCUGUAAUACUGUUUACUAGUGCAAUACCGUUUUCAGUGUCAUCGAAAUAAUGUUUUUAUUGAUGUUAGAUGUUUAUCUCACGGUAAAAGACACGUUGAACGCAUUUUGCACGCCAUGUGUUCAAACGACUGCGUCAGAGAGUAGCUUUGUGACAUGUAACGAUAUACGUAGAUUCCGUUGUGAUUUAAUUAUCACGAUUUUAUUAUUCACUUGUAAGUUAAAUAUCAGUUAUACAAAGACUCUUUGUACAUAACACCGCAAUAAUGCUUUUUGUUUUACAUAUAAUAUACCAUUGUAUCAAAUAAAUCAACUACAAUUU